CAGGGAGGAGGCACUUCCGGGAGCCAUAAAGUUGUUGUUGAAACGAGGCAGUCCUUCAGGAAAUCCCACGGACAGAGGAACCUGGCCAGGCUACAGCCCAUGCACUACUGAAAGACUAACACUUUGUUUCUUCAAGUGACUGUUGAAAUGUGCUGCCUUGAGGGGUUAAGUGGAGGUGUUGAAGAUAAUUCUCAGGUUUCUGGUUGGGACAAAUGUACCAGCUGUUCACUGAAGUAAAGAACUGAAGAAUCCCACAGCUAUUCCAGGCUGGACGCUCUAGAACCAGAGGGGUCAGCUGCUCUUCCUGGACAGUGUCUGCCUGCUCAAGCUCUGUGGCCCGCCUUGAGUCCGUGCUCCAGCCAUGAUGCGGUGGCGGGACCGCGUGGCCGUGCUCUUCUUCCCACAAGGCAUGAUUCUCACCAUGGCCGCACUGAUGCUCUUCUUCAUACACCUGGCUGUCUUUGCCAGCGACGUGCACAACUUCUGGGUCACCUACCGCUAUGACCGCAUGAGCUUCCGCUACACCGUUGUCCUGAUGUUCUCCCAGGUGAUAAGCAUCUGCUGGGCCGCCAUGGGGUCACUCUACGCUGAGAUGACAUAUGACAAGUUUCUUCGCUGCUUUUCCCUGACCAUCCUGAUUCUCAACGGGGCCAUGUUCUUCAACCGCCUGUCCCUGGAGUUUCUUGCCAUCCAGUACCGGGAAGAGAGCCACUGAAGCCUGGGACCCGGGCUGAGAAGGGGGAAGGAAAAGGCUGCUUCGGGUGUUUUAAUAAAGUCUAUCAUUUAUUUCCA